AUGCGCGACGUCGCACGCAAAUCACACGUCAUCACGCGUCAUUAUGCGUCAGCACAGCCGUCUGAAAGUGUUAGUCUGCCGAAUAACCGUUGCAUUGCCGAGCAGCGCAUCCAGAACCUGAAACGCAGGUUUGGCAAGAAUAUGAAAUUUCAUGAUGAAUAUACAUCUUUCCUAAAGGAAAUGAUUGACAAUGAUUAUGCUGAAAUGGUACCAGUGGACCAGCUGAAUCGAAGUGAUGGAGAGCUUUGCUUUGGGAAGCUGAAGGAAUUGGAAGCUGAGGAGCAGGAUGAGUGGCUGCUCCAUGCCGUGGAGUUGGCUGAUACUUCUCAGUCUCUGGUCAUUGCAGUUGUUUCCCAAGCUGUGCCAAAGGUUUCUGAGAUUUCCCCUCGCUAUGGCGGAAGGAAUGGGGCAACCAGACUGACGAUCAGAGGGGAAGGAUUCUCAGGAGAGAAUCAGUUUGAUUACGGAGCAGGAAAUGAAGAGCUGGGCAAUAAGGUGCAGCUGGUGUCACAAAUCAGGUCCAUCCCCUGUGAUGUGGAGAGAGAUUCCAGCCAUGAAAAACAGAUAUUUUGCUACACCAGGCCCCUACCAGUUGACACGUACUCUGUUGUAGUGAAUGUGGAUGGGGUUGAAGCUAACCAGCGGAUCACCUACUAUUUUUCGCAGGUAAGAGAUUAUAAUACCCCAACCAUUGAGGAGAUUUCACCAAAGUCUGGACUGCCAGGCCAACUCAUUACGAUCCGAGGGAAAAUUGUAACUGACGUCUAUAGUAGUAAUGAUCCACUGGACACCAACCAGAAAAACACCAAGAUAUUGAGAGUCUACGCUGGAGGAAUGCUCUGUGAACUUCUUCAUCCGGACUCGGAUAUCUUGUAUGGUGUGAAACGUGACUACACAUCCAGUGAAAGAGGCAUUAUAACAUGUAAAAUGACUGGAACCUAUGUUGGUCACCAUAAUAUGAGCUUCAUUUUGGAUAAUGGCUUUGGAAGGUCUUUGCCUGAUGCGAAAGCUUACUUUGUUUCCUCACUCAAUAAACUCAGCAUGUUUCAAACUUAUGCAGAGGUGACUGGGAUCUACCCGUCUGAAGGGAGUAUGGAAGGAGGCACUCGGCUGACCGUGAAUGGGAGGUUCUUUGAUGAAACGGAUGCCCCAGCCAGAGUUACUGUGGCGGGAGGAAGAGGUUUGAAGUUGGAAACAUGGAAAAAUGGCAACUUGCGUGGCUUGCCAAACUACAAUGAAAGUACCGUGGGAUACAACACAUCUUGGAUAGAGGAGGCCUUUUAUAAAGCCUCCACACCAUGGAGGCCAUCUGUUACGCGUCUAAGUGGGUUCUUCAUUGCUCCGGAGACUGAUAAUUACCGUUUCUAUAUCAAAGGGAGAGGCGUGUUUGAACUUUACUUUAGCUUAACUGGGCCUCCUCAGGACAAGGCUAAAGUUGCCUAUGGCAGUCGGCAGUACUAUUCAUCAUUGUACAGCCACGCCUCUGAUACAAUGCGACUUGAGAAAGGGAAAGGAUAUUACAUGGAAGUGGUACUAGAGGAGAACUCUGAGUUUUCCUUUGUAUCUGUUGGUGCGUACCUGGAAAACACCUCCUACACUGAGCAGCAGACAGGAGAUGCUGUCAACGAAUAUCAGAUGAUUAAGGCAUACUCCCAGGUUGUCCACGAGAAACAGGUUGUAACCUUGGAGAACUGGACAAUUGGAAAUGCGAUCAAUGAAGUUCAACAGGUUACCAUCACCAGUCCAUGCUGGGACUCUGGUUCCUGCUCAUUCCACUGGUACAGGCUCAGCUACAAUGAGGAACACACAGAAUUUCUUCCAGCAGAUGCUUCAGGCAAACAGAUUGAACAGGCUUUAAACGAUCUGUGGUCAAUUAGACCCGAUAACGUGAAAGUGACAAGCACGGCAAUCACCCAAGGUUUUUCCCACACGGUGACCUUCAUAUCCACAAGAGGGGAUUUUGAUUUUCUCCAGCACGAGGUAAUGGGAGGAAGUAACAUCAGCAUUGAAGUGGUAGAACAAGUCCAAGGAAGGCCCAGUAUGGAUACAUUCACAUUGAGGCUGGAGGGGAUCAAUUCCAGACCCCUUCCAUGGGCAGCAACUGUUGAUGAGGUCAAAGUUGCUUUGGAUGAACUGAUGGGAGUGAAGUGUCCUGAACACAUAGCUGGCUACAAGAAUGGUUAUGCAGUCAAGUAUUUCAAUGAUUUUGAAGCAAUGACCUCCCAUAGUGGCCAGGUGACAAUGGAGACAGAUGCGUUCUGUGGACGAUACUCAGUCAAAAACCCCUACUAUCUGUUUCGCUAUGCACAGUCGCACCAGCCAAUCUUGUUAAACGUCUACAAACAGCUUUGCUUUGCAUAUAAAGGAAUUUUGAAAGAUAAUAUUCAGCUGUUGCUGAGUUACAAUGAUAAAAGCCAAACAAUUUCCCGAUAUUUUUGGCUGGAAUACAGAUUUGCUCAAGAGAAUCAGUGGUCCUACACUUGCAUCAAUUUGCUCAGCUCUGUACAGGCUGCAUAUUCCACAGGGACCAACUUCAUGCUAAAAUCAAUCGCACUGUUGAAGAGAUCAAACCAGGAUUACUUUGUGGACACCGUGUAUAUUGGGCAACACGCUACAACCAGCAGUCAGAAAGGUCCUCCAGUGAGAUCUCUCCCACCAUUGAUUGCCAGAGGGAUUCUUAUUAAGCAGUUCAUCGUAACACGAAAUGAAGCCUUGAAUGACAACUCAACCAAUGAAUAUGAGAUAAUCAUGGUUCCCUUCAACUGUAGCUUCAACAUUCCUUUGCUAGAGAUUGGUUUUGCUCAGCUUGAAUCCAACGUCACAAAGAAUGAGGCCACCUUCCAGGGCAUCACUUGGCCCAAGGGGUCCUUGAUAAGAGUGCGGAGAACACAGGCAGCAUCUCCCCCCAUCACCGGCACUCUGGACAUCGAAACCUUCGGCCGACAGUUGAAAGGAUUGCCAGUCAGUGCCUCAGACUUGGAAAUGCAGUACACUUUACAAAGCAUUCCUGAGAUCGGGAGCGUGUCCGUGCAGAGGAGGGGCAGCUGCUCAGGUUGCUACUGGAAUGUGAAGUGGUUGAAGGCUGGAAAACAGCCCAUACUACAGGUUAAUGGUUCAAAUGUUCAAGGAGUCAAUGCGCAAGUUACUGUUUACCAGAAGAAGUCUGGAGGGCUGUUCAGGCAGCGGCUGAUUGGAGACCUGUUCCGUACCCCGCACUCCCUGCCUCAGUGUGAAUACAACCUGCAGCACGGUGAUGAUCAGAACCACUCCGCUGUCAUGACAUUUCCUACCCAACAGGUGCAUGUUUCCAUCAACGGCAUUCCCAGCAACUGCUCCGGAAACUGUGGAUAUAUGUGGAAUUCUGCGAAAACCCCAGUCAUUACAGGCUUCAGCCCAAGCAGAGGUUCGGCUCUUUCAGGCACGGUCCUGACCAUCUCGGGCUACCGGUUCGCCAACAGUUCAAAGACAGACACUACCUGGGUUGUGAUUGGAGAAGCCAAUUGUCCGAUCACGAGAGUAACUGAUACUGAAAUUACUUGUCUGGUUGGCCCAGGCUUCACCACAGUGACCCCACUCACAGUCCACAUCGCCGAGCUUGGCUUUGCAAAACACUCAGGCAACAGGAUGUUUACUUUCACCUAUGAGCUGGAGGUUACCGGCAUUUUUCCUUCUGAGGGCAGUACGGAAGGUGGAACCAUCCUGACAAUAUCCGGCUCCAGCUUCACUCCCGACACUGCAGUGCUGAUUGGAGAGAAAAACUGCACACUCCUUACACAAUUCCUGUUCGAGAUAACCUGCAGAACUCCACCUGUGAGUGGCGCUAUCCUCACCAUUCGCGGGUCAGACUUUGGCAGCAAGUCUGGAGAGAGCCGUGUGUUUAUUGGGAAAUUUGAGUGUCCGAUCCAAGAAUGGUGGACCAACAACAUCACCUGUCAGCUGCCCAACCUCUCCCCAGGGGAGUACACCGUACGGACACAGGCUCCUACCAGCUGUUUUAUGAAUGCUUCCAUUGAAUAUGUCUUGCGUGUAAUAGGAAUGAGCCCCACACUGGGUUCGCUGAAUGGGGGCACAACAAUCACCAUCUCUGGGGCUGGUUUCAGUCCAAAUCUAGAGGAUAAUGAUGUCAAACUCGCACUGGGAGUUGGGUACAGUUGGAAUUCGUCGAACCUUGAGAUCUUUGUUGGAGACACAGUGCAUUGGAUAUGGGAGUCGCCACCUCUCCUCCAAGGCUUGAGGUACCGAGUCUUCAGUGUCUCUAAGCCCAGUGAUGUGAAUUACAAAGGCAAUGGGUUUAUAAGUGGAGAUAUCGGCACUCCAGCAGGUUCGUUCUCCUACCGCUUCACCUCCCCAGGCAUGUUUUUCUACAGCAGUGGUCUCAUUGACCAGAAGGGCACAAUCUUCCUGCAAGGCGUGGUGCAUGUGAGGGCAAUGGAAGAAAGCCCCUUAAAGUUGGGGGUUUUCGUGAUUGGCUUUGAAGCAGAAUAUGCACCUGGAAACAUGGCGACGGUGCAGUCACAGCAGGGGCACAGUGAUAACUGUACAGCAGCCAUCCCCACCUGUAACCAGACAUUGAACAGCACUUCAUACAACGAAGGCUUCACAUUCCUCCUGUCUCCUUGCCACACGCCCAUCAUCAGCAGCAUCACACCUUCCAACGGGACCCUGUUCGACAGAUUAACCAUUGUGGGGACUGGAUUCAGCAACGUCACCUGUGCGAAUGAGGUACGAGUCGGAGAGCGCCCGUGCGUCGUUGAACACAGUACAGAGAGCGAGCUGUUGUGCCGGGUGGAUGCGCAGGGAGAGAUGGAUAUCGGCGUGGCAGCCCUAGUGUCGGUGAAAGUCUACAACCACGGCUCUGCCAUCUCCACUCCAUCGGAUGAAUUCAGCCGGCGCUUCGUCCUGCUCCCUCACGUUGAUGGAGUGAGCCCCAGGCUGGGCUCCACCACAGGCCGCACCAGGAUCACCCUCACCGGCUCCGGCUUCGGACAGGACCCCAGCGCCGUGCAGGUGCAGCUGGCGGCCGUGUCUUGUACAGUGGUGUCGGUGAACUACACGCACAUCUUCUGUGAUUCCUCGCCCUCUAUGGAGACCAAUGGGCCGGUGAGCGUUUGGGUACGAGGGCACCCGGCUGUCUGUCGCGGCUCAUGUGGCUUCACCUACAACACGAGCGUCGCCCCUAUCUUGCAGACCGUGUCCCCGCUAAUCCUGCUCACUGUCUACACCGAGAUCACCAUAAGCGGCCGCGGAUUCGGCAACAGUGCCGAGCUGGUCUUUAUUCUUGUGGGCAACACCAGCUUUAAACCUACUGUUGUUUCGGACAGCAGACUGAACACUACGGUGGGACCGCUGCCCGUGGGCGCACACUCCCUGAGGGUUUUGAUAUCGGACAAGGGUGUUUCCCGCGAGAUGCUUUGGGUCACCACUGCUGCAUCCGCUUCCUUGUUACCAGCUUCAGGAGGCGUAAACGGAGGCACCACAUUGUCCAUCACGGGCAACGGCUUUGUCCCGGGAGAAACCACCGUCCUGGUCGAUGGCUCCCAUUGUAGUAUUCUCACCACCACCCCGGGUGAAGUCCAGUGUGUCACCCCACCCUGUGGUCCAGGCAUCGUCAAUGUAAAGAUUACAGUUCAUUCCACGGUGUACCCGCUCCUCAAGUUCACCUGUAACCAGACGGAGACUCCCACCAUCCUCGCUAUCUCCCCAACCACCGGUGCGAGCGGAACGAGACUCACCAUCGUUGGACGAAGUCUGGGAUCGUUUGCCUCCGAGGUCUCAGUUUCGAUAGAUGGCAUCUUGUGCAGUGUGACCAUGGCUAACGAGAGCUGUGUGGAGUGUACUGUGGGACAUCACGCUGGGGGCACCUACCCAAUUGUCCUGAAACAUGCUACCAGGGGAUAUGCAGUAUCUGCAUUCUUAUUUCAAUACCAACUCAACAUAAUCUCUGUCUUUCCGACUGAAGGCACCUUCGGCGGUGGCCUGCUCCUGACGGUGUGGGGCACUGGAUUCGAUGGAGAGAGGUCGCGGGUGUUCGUAUGCGACGGUGAAUGCAAGGUGGAGCCGUCCACCUCCAACUCCAGCAGCCUCCGCUGCUACCUGCCGCUGAAUAACGGGACUGGACCUCAGCAGGAGUGCAAUGUGACUGUCGCGAACAGUGAAGGUUUAAGCCAACUGCCCAGUGCUUUCACCUACGCUUCAGCUUUGACCCCUGUGGUGACCGGCAUCAUGCCCAGACGAGGCGGCACAGCAGGAGGCACCAAACUGACCAUCAAGGGAACUGGCUUCAGCGUAAAUGAGACUUCUGUUACUAUAGCUGAAGCUGCCUGUGAGAUCCAGUUUGUGAACGACACCUACAUUGUGUGCAUCACUGGGGCACAGUCCCUUUCACAGAAGACCAAAGUCAAGGUUAACGUAGGGGGGAAUGGCAUCGCCAAACUGGACUUUGCAGAUUUCCACUACGUGGACGUGUGGUCAUCACGGUUCACGUGGGGAGGACUGUCUCCCCCUGAGAGAGGCUCACUGGUCAUCAUCACCAAGGGACAGACCAUACUGCUGGACCAAAGCACCCCUGUGUUGAAGAUGCUCCUCAUUCAAGGUGGAGCACUCGUCUUCGAUGAGGCAGAUAUUGAACUCCAGGCUGAAAAUAUUCUCAUCACAGACGGCGGGCUACUCCAGGUGGGAACCAACUCCACUCCCUUCAGCCACAAGGCCAUCAUCACCCUUCACGGCCACCUGCGCUCCAAGGAGCUGCCCCUGUACGGAUCCAAGACGCUGGCAGUUCGAGAGGGAACGUUGGACCUCCAUGGUCUCCCCAUUCCUGUAACCUGGACUCACCUGGCUGAGACAGCGGAGGAAGGUUCUUCCACCAUCAGAUUGCAGAAAGCGGUGACCUGGAGGGCAGGGGACGAGAUUGUCAUUGCAUCAACGGGAGGAAGACACAGCCAGAGGGAGAGUGAGCAGAGGACGAUCGAGGGCGUGUCAACGGACGGGAGGAUGCUCAACCUGACGGAGCCGCUGCGGUAUCGUCACCUGGGCACUGUGCUCUCGCUGUCCGGGGCAACGCUGCAAGCUCGGGCGGAGGUGGGGCUGCUGAGUCGCAAUGUGGUGGUCCGGGGCGCCAUUAACGAAGAAUGGAGCGACAUCAUCGAACGCUGCCCGGAAGAGUUCGACACGGGCGAGUUUGCCACCCAGACCUGCUUCCAGGGACGGCUGGGUGAGGAAAUGGGAAGUGACGAGUACGGAGGCUGCAUCAUGUUCCACUCUCCGAGACCCGACCAUGGGAUGGUGGUGGGCAGAAUUGAAUAUGUUGAGAUCUAUCAUGCGGGGCAAGCCUUCCGACUGGGUCGCUACCCACUGCAUUGGCAUCUGCUGGGUGACCUGUCCUUCCAAUCGUACGUGCGGGGGUGCUCCAUCCACCGGACCUUCAACCGGGCCGUCACCAUCCACGGCACGCACCGGCUGCUGGUGGAAGGUAACGUGGCCUUCAAUAUCAUGGGGGGAGCCUUCUUCCUGGAGGACGGCGCGGAGCGAAACAACGUCCUGCAACACAAUCUGGCCGUGCGGGUUCGCCGGAGCACCAGUCUACUCAACGACGACCUCCGGCCUGCCGCCUUCUGGGUGACCCACCCCGGCAACAUCGUGCGGUACAACGCGGCGGCGGGCGGCACCCACUUCGGCUUCUGGUACCGGCUCCUGCAGUGGCCCGAGGGGGCCUCGCACACACAGGCCUUCAGCCCACGCCGACAGCCCCUCGGCCUCUUCCACCACAACACUGCCCACUCCCUGGGCUGGUUCGGCCUCUGGAUCUUCCCGGACUAUCAGCCCAGGGAGGAGAACGGCUGGCGACCCGAGCCCGCCGCCUUCCGCUCGUUCACCGCCUGGAGCUGCGGCAAGGGGGCCGAGUGGACGAACGGAGGAGCCAUCCAGUUCCACGACUUCCUGCUGGUCGGCAACGAGAAGUCCGGGGCCGAGGCCCAGCGCAUCGAGCGGGGAGCUGUGUCCGGGUGGGGCGAGGCCGGGGGAGCGCUGAUCAGGAACCUAACGGUGGUGGGACACGCCGACGGCCUGGGUCUGCCCCCGGGCUCCUGCACCGAGCGGGGCCUGGUCCUGCCACUGGACCAGGGACUGACCGUGCAGGGGCUCCGGCUGGUAAACUUUGAUCGUUCCGGCUGCGCGGCUCUCGGGCUGACCGGACAUUUCGAUGGAGGUUGGAGCGUGCGGUUCAGUCAAGUCCGCUACUACAACACGUCCAACAAGGCCCAUUUCGGCUGGGAACACCAGGUGAUACUGGAGGACAUGGACGGAUCCCUGGCAGGUGGUGCUGGUUACAAGGUGCUCCCUCACAGUCGGAUCUUGGACCCUGCACACUGCCGGCAGUCAGCAAACUGGAGCAGUGGCUACCCCGGUGUAGUGUGUGACUCCACUGUUACCUUUCAUCGCAUGACUGUGCAAAGCGCCUCGCCUUACGCUCUCUUGUGGCAGCAGCUCAUCCUAUCUAACACUCACGGUGCCAGUGGAUUCAGUGCUCUUUCAUCCUCUGGCUCAGGCUGGAUGGCCCUCGUACCCAACAAUCAAACCAUUAAUUGGCAUUUCAAGCGGGUUGAUCACAUCACCGAGAUCUCCUAUAGAGCCACCUUCUAUCACUUCACGGAGGGCGACCAUGUGGUUGUGUCCCACAACUUCACUCAGCACCCUGACCAUGUCCAGGUCACAGAUCUGCACCGGAAUGCCUCCCUACAGCCCCUGGAUGGGGCCCACAACCAGAAUGGUGACUGGUACUUCGACACAGACAACAUGACCUUGUACUACCUGGAAAAGGGUUCCCCUCAUUGGUCGAGUCUGGACCCAACAAUGGUCAAUAUAAACAUUCACCUUCGUGUAUUCCGCUGCUUUUAUCAGAAGUGUGGGUCGCCUCCGCCAAAAACAUUCAACCACUCAACCUCCCAAUACAGUUUGUGGUCAAACUCUUCCUUCUGGGAAUCCUCUCCGGAAAACAACUUCAUGGUUCCCACAGAAGGUGACAGCGUGGUUGUAGCCAAAGGGGUCUGGCUUCUGAUUGACAUAAUGAUCCCAUCACUUUACAAACUCACCAUAUAUGGCACCUUGGAAAUUAAGGACCUGAAUGAAACGUCGGGCUCCAACUCAUCGUCUUACAUGAACAUUGUCCUCAAUGCUACCUACAUCUCCAUCCAGGGGGGCAGGUUCAUCGCUGGCACGCUGGAGGAACCGUUCCGAGGAGAGCUGCUGAUCGUUUUGCGAGGAGACCACAAGACCCCGGAUUGGCCUUUACCAAACGGGCCCAAUCAGGGUUCGAAGGUGCUGGGUGUGUUUGGCGGACUGGAGCUUCACGGGAUUCCCCACCUGCUCUACAGGACCAAGCUGGGUGUCACAGCACCGGAGGGCUCCCUCAACCUGACGCUGGCAGCCACCGUCGAUUGGCAGGAGGGUGAUCGGAUCCUGGUGACGAGCACCAGCCGCGAUGCCAAGCAGUCGGAAUGUCGGACCAUCCGCUCCGUCUCGCUGGACGGUAGAACUCUGCUGCUGAAUCAGCCUCUCUCCUUCACACACUUGGUGGAGACACAUGAAGUGAAUGGAGGAGCCCGGCGCUACAGCCUGGCAGCAGAUGUUGGCCUCCUGAGUCGAAACAUCAGGAUUGUGGGAGACGAUCAAGACAACUGGCAGGAGCAGAAGUUCGGGGCCCGUGUGUUGAUCAGUUCCUUCUUCUACAACGACUUUGAGGUCAAAGGUUACGCCAGAAUAAAGGAUGUUGAAUUCUACCACAGUGGCCAGAUGGGUUACAUCGAUUACUUCGACCCACGCUACUCUGUGGCCUUUCUCAACCUCGGCCAGGUCGAAAGAAAUGAAUCCUACAUUCAGGGCUGUGCUAUCCACAGUGGAUUUUCUCCCGCCAUUGGGGUAUUUGGAACAGAUGGCCUUAACAUCGAUGACAACAUCAUUUAUAACACCCUGGGGGAAGGUAUCAAGGUGUGGGGGAGCAGGAACCGCGUGAGGAGGAACCUUGUGGUUCUCAGCAAGUCUGCAGUGUUCCACUACUCCUGGACAGCAGCAGUCGAGGUGGACAAAGGCUCUGACACUGUGCUUCAGGAGAACAUAGUUGUGGGCUCUGAGCAGUUGGGUUACCGCAUUAAUGGAGAACCUUGUCCCGGACAACCAAAUCCCGUUGAGCCUUGGACUGAUAACGAGGUCCGUGGAGGCCAGAUUGGUGUUUACAUGAACAAAGGUGGCCUUCCCAACUGCUCCCUUAUCCAAGGAUUCACAGUGUGGCAAUGCCAGGACUAUGGCAUCUACUUCCAGGCAGAAUAUUCAGUGCAAGUCUCCAAUGUGACUCUGGUGGACAAUGGAUUGGGUAUUUUUCCAAUGAUUUACGGACCUCCAGCGCUCUCUCAUCGGAUAUCCAAUAAAACCAUUUACAUUACAAAUGCUUUGGUGGUCGGAGUUAGUCCUGGCUUCAAUUGCUCAGAUGUUCAGCUUGAUAACUCUGCAGGGAGCAGCUGGGGUAAGGACAGUCUCCGUUUCCCUGCUGCAGGAAGGAGUGGAAUCUGCUGGCCAACGUUUGCUUCAGCGAGCAACCAUCCACCUCUCUACACGGUGCUGACGAGCUACCCGGCCAUACAUGGACUGAUGAUGGUGCAGAAUACGACAUUUGUGGGUUUUCGGGGCGUAUGUUCCCAGAAGUUGAACGUCAUGUUUAUCAGCAACCCAAACAAUGAGGACCUGCAGCAUCCAAUCCUGCUGAAGGGGAUCACUGUCGCCCAGAGUGAGGAGCGGGGAAAGGUCUUCAUACACAGGCCUAAUGUCAAGAAAGUCAACCCCAGCGACUGCGUGGACAUGGACUGCGAUGCCAAGAAGAAGACCAUGCUGAAAGAUCUGGACGGCUCAUUCCUGGGAAAAGUGGGAGCAGUCAUCCCACAGUCGGAGUAUGAAUGGAAUGGUGACAAGCGCCGUGGGCUUGGCGAUUACCGGAUCCCAAAGGUCUUGCUGACUUCUCUAAACGGAAGCCGCAUUCCUGUGUCCCAGGUGGCACCACAUAAAGGGAUUAUCCGAGAUUCCUCGUGUACCUAUAUGUCUGACUGGCAAAGCUACAAGUGCUUUGGGCUGAACUAUGAGCUGCUGGUUAUUGAGAGCCUGGACUCUGAUACUGAACACAGGAGAUUGUCACCAGUGGCCGUCCUGUGUGACGGCUAUCUCGACCUCAUCAACGGCCCACAGGACCACGGCUGGUGCUCUGGAUAUACCUGUAAGAAGAGGAUCUCGCUUUUCUUUGGGAUUGUGGCCACCAACAAGUCGUGCGAUGUGUAUUUCACCAGCACCAGCCCUCAGACUCUGCGUCUGCUGCUGCCUGCUGCUGAUGCCAACAGAGCUGUUCGUUUGUCCGUCUACUACUCAUCGCCACAACGUCUGGAUGUGUACGUCAACGGUGCACUGAUCCCUCCAACCAACGCACAGUGGAACAACGAUCACACAGACUACACCCUGAGGGCACCCACCUACACAGGAGAAUUCCUUCCGAGGUUGAAUUCCCCUGUCUCUGGUGCAAACUAUUUUGACAGAAAAUACCAGAUGCUGAAUGUGUUGUUGAGAGGCUCGAUUCCCGUAGAGGUCCACACAGCCCCAACGCUGUUUAUAUCCUUUAAUUUGCCCGCAAUGACAGUGGAUGAAUUUUACGGCCCUGACUUGGCAAACAACCUUGCCCUGUUCCUAGGUGUGCCAGCGAAUAAAAUCCGCAUCACGAAGAUCAUCCGAGAAACGGGGCGUCGUAAAAGGCGGGCCACAGGGAUCACCGUGGAAGUGGAGAUUGGAGAACCUCCAUCGGAGCUAUUGGCAUCAACCAGCAGUAACUCCACUAACACAAGCAGCCCUGCAGCUGACCAUUUGAUCACUUCACAUUAUGCAGGCACUUUGAUGUUCUCUGAUCUGAAGAAAAUUGCCAGCAGUCUCAGUGAGGCCAUGUUGACUGGAAACCUGAGUGCUUCGCUGGGCGUUGAAAUCUCUGACCUGGGUAUCUCCAGCCCAGUGCCAUCUCCAGAUGAUCCAGAAUGGAACCAGGUGGCCUCAGAACCGGUGCAACGGGAAUCAGUGAGUAGGGCCCAUGUAGCAACUGUGGCAGCUCUUGUGGUGGUGACUGAGCCGAUUGCUGGAGAGCCCGGACAGCUGCUCAAGCAGCAACCCUGCAUCAUGGCGGUGGACACUGACGACAACUGUGUGUCAGUGGGAGUUACCCUUUGGGAACUGGAUGUGGUACUGGUGAAUUUCCAAGACGAGGUUGUCACCGGACUCAACGGAACGACGAGGAUCUUGUUCACGGGUUGUUGGGCUAAUUUUACCGACCUCUCCAUUAGCACCAAUGGCACCAGAUACAGGUUGAGGUUUCAGCUGAGGUCGUUUGAAACCCGCUCCAGCACCUUCAUGGUGGGGUCGUCGGAUGAGGGUGAAGAAGAGACUGAAGGCUUUUCCCCCGGACCCAACUCCAGCCCGGACCCUAACUCCAGAAUCAGGAGCGGUAUAAUCGCAGGGGCUGUUUUGGGGGGUCUCCUGCUCUGUGUCAUCAUCUUUGCAGUGGCCUGGAAAAUGGCAGCUCACGGAUACAAGUUCACAUCGAUAACAGGAAGAUGGUCAGAGCGUAGAGUUGGAUCUGUAGCUGAUGCCAGAACAGCCCCGCAUUCUCCCCCGGUGCAUACAUAACUCAAAGACAAUCUGAAAUGGAGAUUGCCAGUUUUCCGUACGGGAGAGAUCCCUGGAUGGGUUAAGUAACGUUGCAAAUGAGAUGCAGCUUGAUUAACUUUUUGAUGAUUUUCCUUUAAAACAAAAUCUUAAAUAAUUUUUAAAUAUUUCUGUAGAUUGGUUUAUGCAUGCAACCAAUCAUAUAUAGAUUAGCAUCACUAAACCCACCUUACUGUAUCAUUUAUAUUAACACCCACUUCCUAUGCUAUGUAGUUUGGAUAGCAGACAGGAUGCAGUGACAACUAACAUGCUACUGUGCUGUUAAGUCUGUUUGUGGAUUAAAGAUGAUCUUAAAUUACA